CAUGGCGGAUGAAUAAACGUGUUUUUACGAAUUCUUAGCUUUUUCUUCACUUUUAUUAAAAUAUCAGGCUUUUAUUCUCAUUUAACCGRUCCAGUGUGUUUAUUAAGCACAUAGGUAUUCAGAAUUCUAUUGAUAUGUCUUCAAAUCCUCGUAAAUUAAGGAGAAUACAGUGGUGGAAACAACAUAAACCAGMGGAUCCCAGGUCUGAAAAAGAGGAUGAUGCGAGUAUCGAACCUAAAAAAGUCAAGAAAAGCCAUAAACCAAAGAAACUUCCUCCAAWAACACCAACAGACUCCAAACCACCAGAUGAACAAGAAGAGAAUAAAACAAAAAAUAGAUAUAUUAUUUUUGUAGGAAAUCUGCCUUUUGACGUCACAAAGGAAGAUAUCGUGCAGCAUUUCAGAUGUGCUGGAAAUGUUGAUUUUCGGUUGUUGACAAAGAAAGACACAGGGUCCUCUAAAGGCUGUGGAUUCCUUGAGUUAGACAACAUUACAAGCUAUAAGAAAGCUCUCAACCUCCAUCACAGUACAAUAGGAGGAAGAAAGAUUAAUGUUGAAGUUACUUGUGGAGGUGGCGGGUCAGGGGAGAAAAGAACUGAAAAAUUAAAUGAAAAGAAAAAGAAGUUUAGAAAGAAAAGAGCCAAGAAACUUAAUAAGGAAGAUGAUACAAUAAUUACUGAUACUGGUGAUAAGGAAGAGAAAAAGAAGACUAGUAGCAUGAAAGAAAAAUCUGAUAUUAUGAUCAAAAAUGAGGAUUCAUCCACAGAUGAGAAAAUGGACAUGAAGAGCAAGAAAAGAAAACAGGAGUUUACAGAAGAAGAACUAGCAUCUACAAAGAAAAAAGCUUUAAAAGAAUCUAGUGCCCUUACAGCUAUAGUCAAUGAACUACAGCUAGAAGCAUUGGUGGAAGACAAGAAACAUGAGAAAUUAGAUGUUAGUUUAACUAGUGAGAAAAAAGAAAAAAAAAAGAAGAAAAAGAAAAAGCUGAAGGAGGAGAAGGAUUGAUGACAUUUUCUGUAUUACAGUCAUACUCAUACMUGUUUUUAUAAAGACAUGUUGAAUCCUUAUUUCAAUUUUCAUUAUUAUUUUUGGAGAUUUGAAGAAAAAAAUGACAGCCAUCAAUAAUGGGAGGGGUGGUACAAAAAUAAAGUGAAAUGGUCCAGAUAAACAGGGUUGGUGCUAGUACUUCUUAAACUCCUUGAAAACUCUUUGAAUUUAAUUCUCGUUUUCAAGGGUACUUGAGAAACUCUUGCAUUUUACGAUUUUAGAUAAAAUGCUUCAAAACUCAUUGAAUUUCUGCUUUGAUUGUUACUUGCAUGGUUCUGAAAUAGAUCUAGUUAUCCAAAAUGUUUUGAUAUGUUUCCAUGUUGAUUGACCUACAACUAUAUGCAAGAUACAAUAUCAACCAGAUGUUACUUCCCUUUUAUGAGGGGUACUCGAAAAUGCCUGAAAGUCAGCCAUGUGCAAACAAUGUGUAAAACAUGGCUUGGUUAGCUGAACAUACUCCUUGUAAAACAAUUUUUAGGUCCUUGAAUAAUCCUUGAAUAUUAAGUGGAUACCUCGGCAUGAACCCUGUCUAAAGUGACAUCCCCUGGUACUAGUAUGUGUACUGUUAAUACCAUAUCACAGUUGUAAUGAGUCAAACAAAUUAAUCUCAAUCGUUUCUCAGUGCAAAGUUUAUAAUGGACCAUUUUUUCCUUAUUUUGUAAAUUUUAGUAAUCCAGAAACCUAGUCACGAAGUCUGGAUUACAGAAUGAGAGCUUGACCCUCCCCUCCACCUUUGGAUAAGAUCUGAACUAAUAAUGAUAUUAUCAUGUCAAAAUAAACUAUUAUUGAUUCAAAAUCA